CCUCACAGUUCUGUUUUGAGACAAGCAGUGUACCAGCCGAGAGAACUUCAACCGAGAAAGGACAGGAGCAGCCAGCAGAGAGGACCGCAGCUGUUCUAAGUCCAUGGCAGGUUUGGAGGGUCUCUGAGGGGCCACAAGCGAUCCUGCAGAACAAGACCUAAGGACGUCUUUGUAUUCAGUGAGUAUCCGAUGUGCGAGGCCCGCCGAUGUGAGGUCUGUCCUGGCCUGAGAGCAACAGAUUCACCUCCUGAGCAGUGAGACCCACCCCGAACUCGAUCUCCGCGCCCCCAACCCUGUCGAGUGCGUGAUUCAGGCUGAGAGCUGAGAAGACUUGAGGAGCAGAUGGCUUCCACUGGUCUUGAACUCCUUGGCAUGACCCUGGCAGUGCUAGGCUGGUUAGGGACCCUGGUGUCCUGUGCCCUACCACUGUGGAAGGUGACUGCCUUCAUCGGCAACAGCAUCGUUGUGGCCCAGGUGGUGUGGGAGGGGCUAUGGAUGUCCUGUGUGGUCCAGAGCACUGGCCAGAUGCAGUGCAAAGUGUACGACUCCCUGCUGGCGCUACCCCAGGACCUGCAGGCUGCCAGAGCCCUCUGUGUCGUUGCCCUCCUGCUGGCUUUGCUCGGCCUGCUGGUGGCUAUCACAGGUGCCCAGUGCACCACAUGCGUGGAGGACGAAGGUGCCAAGGCCCGAAUUGUGCUCACUGCAGGGGUCCUCCUUCUCCUCUCGGGGAUCCUGGUGCUCAUCCCUGUCUGCUGGACAGCUCAUGCCAUCAUCCAGGAUUUCUAUAACCCACUGGUGGCCGAAGCCCUCAAGAGAGAGUUGGGGGCCUCCCUCUACCUGGGCUGGGCAGCGGCUGCGCUGCUCAUGCUGGGUGGAGGGCUCCUCUGCUGUACUUGUCCCCCGUCCCAUUUUGAGCGGCCCCGUGGACCCAGGCUGGGCUACUCCAUCCCCUCCCGUUCGGGUGCCUCAGGACUGGAUAAGAGAGACUAUGUGUGAGGCUUCCCCCAGAAGCUGGAACGGGCAGACUUAUGCCCAGGCACUGGGCUGUGCCCUUGCAUCUCUCAUCAACCUCAUGUGCCGCUCACUUCUUUGGCUAAGACUUGGCUCUAGGAGAAUCUCAGCUGGUCCGUCUUGAGCCAGCCCUUUGCAGUGGUUGCAACCUUGUGAAUGCGCCAAAGCUACUGGGUACUCUGGCCCUUCCCUGACUCCUAGGGUAUUGCUGUGCUUUCCUCUCCUGAACUGACUUAGUCUCUUCUCUGCUGAGCUCGGCCUUACCCCAAGAAUCUGGACCUUAGCCUCCUUGCCUUCAAAAUAAGAUGCACACUGUGACCUAACAGCCCAACCAAGGCCUGAGUCCAAGCUGCUUGGUGCCCUACCCACUCCCCAACCUGAGCUGGGAAUAAAAGCACAUU